AUGGAAGGCUCCAAUGGCUUUGGGAUCGACUCCAUUCUCUCCCACCGAGCGGGCAGCCCCGCCCUUCCCAAGGGGGACCCCUUGCUCGGGGACUGCCGCUCGCCCCUGGAGCUGAGUCCGCGCUCGGAGAGCGACUGCUCUUCACCAGCCUCGCCAGGAAGGGACUGUCUGGAGACGGGCGCCCCGCGGCCUGGCGGGGCUUCGGGCCCAGGUUUGGACUCCCACCUGCAGCCUGGGCAGCUCUCAGCCCCAGCCCAGUCUCGCACCGUGAGCUCCUCCUUUCUGAUCAGGGACAUCCUUGCUGACUGCAAACCACUCGCGGCCUGUGCACCCUACUCUAGCAGCGGGCAGCCAGCCGCUCCUGAGCCUGGGGGCCGUCUUGCGGCCAAGGCCGGGGAGGACUUUAGAGAAAAGUUGGACAAAAGUAGCAGCAAUGCCUCAUCGGACUCUGAGUAUAAAGUGAAGGAGGAGGGCGACCGGGAGAUCUCCAGCUCGAGGGACAGUCCCCCGGUGCGCCUGAAAAAGCCACGCAAGGCACGCACGGCCUUCACCGACCAUCAGCUGGCGCAGCUGGAGCGCAGCUUUGAGCGGCAGAAGUACCUGAGCGUGCAGGACCGCAUGGAGCUCGCAGCCUCGCUCAACCUCACCGACACGCAGGUCAAGACCUGGUACCAGAACCGCAGGACUAAAUGGAAGCGACAGACGGCCGUCGGGUUGGAGCUGCUGGCGGAGGCAGGCAAUUACUCAGCGCUCCAGCGGAUGUUCCCGUCGCCUUAUUUCUACCCGCAGAGUCUAGUUUCCAACCUGGAUCCCGGCGCCGCGCUGUAUCUGUACCGCGGGCCCAGCGCGCCGCCGCCCGCCCUGCAGAGACCUCUGGUGCCCCGCAUCCUCAUCCACGGACUCCAGGGCGCCAGCGAGCCGCCCCCGCCGCUGCCCCCGCUGGCCGGCGUCCUCCCGAGGGCCGCGCAGCCUCGGUGAAGCGCCCGCCCGCCGGCCCGCGGCGCACCCGGCCCCCGCUCCGGGGCUCCGCGCUGGCCCCUUCCGCCUGCCUCUGGGAGGGCUCGGGGCUUCAACGCCCCUUCCCAGGGGCCCCCGGUCCGGCCCUCCCUGGCGUCCAGCCCAGUGUCCCCAGAAGGGCCAAAUGCCAAGUCUUCUGAGUCCCGGACCCCCGGACUGAGUCUCCCUAACCAUCCUCGGCGUCCUCACUCCCGGCCACUCCAUCAGGGAGCCACUUCCACCGCCGGGGGUACACACAUCCCCACGCCCCGCCCCCGUCACUCCCCACCCGCGCCCCCUUGCCCCUCCCCGGUGCAGGUGGGCGACCCCCAUGCUGCCCUUUCCCACUCCCCCUCCACGCUCCAGCGGUGCACCAAGCCCUCUCCCCGCAGCCCUGACACGCGGAGGGAAGGGGAGUGUGGAGCCUCGCCCCGCCCCUCCCCCCAGCUCCAGGGCCGACGGCAGAGCUGUACAUACCGUGUGCAAAGUGUAUAUGAAGUUAUUUAUUCGUGACCCAUGAGCCCGUGACUGUGUCCGUGAAUCAGUGAGUUUGUGGCCUGUGCCCACCCUCCUCCCAGGCGGGGCAGGAAGGGGUCAGGGGACUUGCCCACCUACCCCGACCCCCAGUCCCCAUCUCCAGCCUCCGUCCGGGGGGCAGCCAGGCCCCUCGGGUUCCCUCUCUUUUUUAAAUGUCGAAAUAAACUUCUUACAAAUGA